UUGUGUCCGUCUCUACACUCACAUCCAGAAUCAUGGCUACCGGUGGCGCUGUGGCCCAGAAGACCUGGGAGAUGGCGAACAACAUGCAGGAGGUGCAGAGCAUUGACGAGAUAUACAAAUACGACAAGAAACAGCAGCAGGAGAUCCUGGCGGCCAAGCCCUGGACCAAAGAUCACCAUUACUUCAAGUACUGCAAGGUGUCGGCGCUGGCUCUGCUGAAGAUGGUCAUGCAUGCGCGGUCGGGGGGCAAUCUCGAGGUGAUGGGCCUGAUGCUGGGAAAAGUGGAUGGGGAAACCAUGAUCAUUAUGGACAGUUUUGCUUUGCCGGUAGAAGGAACCGAGACUAGAGUGAAUGCGCAGGCCGCGGCUUAUGAAUAUAUGGCGGCGUACAUCGAGAACGCAAAGCAGGUCGGAAGGCUUGAGAACGCCAUCGGCUGGUACCACAGUCACCCCGGCUACGGCUGCUGGCUCUCCGGAAUCGACGUCAGCACUCAGAUGCUUAAUCAACAAUUCCAAGAACCCUUUGUGGCCGUUGUAAUUGACCCAACCAGGACAAUAUCUGCUGGCAAAGUUAACCUCGGUGCUUUUAGGACUUAUCCAAAGGGUUACAAACCUCCAGAUGAAGGUCCGUCUGAGUACCAGACUAUUCCUUUGAACAAAAUCGAAGAUUUUGGCGUCCACUGUAAACAAUAUUAUGCGUUGGAGGUUACCUAUUUCAAAUCAUCUCUAGAUCGCAAGUUACUCGAACUCCUAUGGAAUAAGUACUGGGUGAAUACAUUGAGUUCUUCCAGCUUGCUAACAAAUGCUGAUUAUACAACCGGCCAGGUAUUCGACCUGUCGGAGAAACUCGAGCAGUCUGAAGCGCAGCUCGGCCGCGGUAGCUUUAUGUUGGGACUAGAAACUCAUGAUAGAAAAUCUGAAGACAAAUUGGCCAAAGCAACCAGAGACAGCUGCAAAACCACAAUUGAAGCCAUCCAUGGAUUGAUGUCCCAAGUGAUUAAAGAUAAACUGUUUAAUCAGAUAAACACUGCAUAAAUCUUACUCUCCGUGAGGAUACCCUCUCGUCUGGGUUUCACCCCCAUUUUUUGUUUCCUUAUGGUGCUUCUUUUAUGCAGAAGCUUUAAAAUGCCACCAAGUCAGCACUUUUUUUCCCAGUUUAUCCUCCUACGACAUUUUAUUGCAGCUUUCUAGAAAUAAUUAAAUGUUGUAAACAUCAUUGCUGUCUGGAUUAAUAAAUUAACCUUUUAAACUGUU